AUGGCAACCUCGCUCGCCCGCAUGCUAAAGGGCCAAGUCCGGUGCUACUCCGCACCGUUGGACAUGGCUAUUCCAGUCUCGAAGCAGCGCUACAUCCCCACAAGCGGCACGUACCCCAAAGGAUUCAAGGUCUCUGGCACUCACGUCGGCGUCAAGGCCUCUAACACCAAGUUUCCGGAUCUGGCACUCAUUGCCUCCGAGACGCCCUGCUCGGCUGCGGCCGUGUUCACCACCAACAAGUUCCAGGCUGCGCCGGUGCAGGUUAGCAGAAAGACCUUGCAAAGCCGAAAGGGAGAGGGCAUUCGCGCCGUAGUUAUCAACUCUGGAUGCGCAAAUGCCGUUACCGGCAAGGGCGGACUCGAGGAUGCGGUGCAGAUGGGGCGAAAGGUGGAUGAGUGCAGCGGUGUUGAGAAUGAUAGCUCGUUGGUUAUGAGCACUGGUGUUAUUGGACAGCGCCUCCCAAUCACCAAGAUCCUCGACCGCAUCCCAACAGCCCACACAACCCUGGCCUCGACCCACGAAGCCUGGCUCACAACCGCCCGUGCAAUCUGCACAACAGACACCUUCCCCAAGCUCCUCUCGCGGACCUUCACCCUCCCCUCCUCCCCAGACCGCACCUACAGUCUAGCCGGCAUGACCAAAGGCGCCGGCAUGAUCCACCCGAACAUGGCCACCCUUCUAGGCGUCCUCUGCACAGACGCCUCCGUCGAGCCCGCAGCCCUGCAAUCAAUUCUCAAGCACGCCGUAUCGCGCUCCUUCAACUCGAUCUCCAUCGACGGCGACACAAGCACAAACGACACAGUCGCCGUGCUAGCCAACGGCGCAGCAGGCGGCGAGACAAUCCGCGCGCCCUCUUCGACCCCCAGCGCCGACUACGCCGCGCUGCAGACGGUUGUGACUGAUUUUGCGCAGGAGCUGUCGCAGCUCGUUGUGCGGGAUGGCGAGGGAGCGACUAAGUUCGUUACUGUGCGUGUGCGCAAUGCGUCUGAUUAUGAGUCUGGGCGUCAGAUUGCUUCUACGAUUGCGCGGUCGCCGCUGGUUAAGACGGCGCUUUAUGGGAAGGAUGCGAAUUGGGGACGGAUUUUGUGUGCUGUGGGUUAUACGCAGGGUGUUAAGGAGGGUGUUGUUGUUCCGGAGAGGACUUCGGUUAGCUUCCGCCCCGUUGAUGGGAGUGAGGCUUUGAAGCUUUUGGUUAAUGGGGAGCCAGAGAGUGUUGAUGAGGAGCGGGCUAGUGUGAUUCUGCAGGAUGAGGAUUUGGAGAUUGAGAUUGAUCUUGCUGGUGGUGAGAAGGGAGAGGCUGGGUGUGGUGGUGAGGAUGCUGUUUACUGGUUCUGUGAUUUCAGUCACGAGUAUGUGACUAUCAAUGGUGAUUAUCGCACUUAG